GUUUACCCCUGUUGUAGUGCAGAAAGGCUCCCAGAGCGCGUACUGCAAAUAGUUGCAGAAGUAGGGGAAUGGGGCUGAGAGGAAGUGGUUCCUCUGAAACCACUUAAGGAGCAAUCCUGUGCAUAUUUAGAGAAAAGCUGCCUACAACUAGUAUUCUCCCACAACUACACUGGGAACUCUAGUCAAGUGUUGCUGCAAAACGUAAUUUUAUUGGCAAGGCAAAAAUGGAAGAUAAAGAAAAUGCUAAUGGAUCUGCAUGGAAUCAUAUGGACAGUCCUCUGGGAAAAAACUUAGCUUCCCCAAAGGUUUUACAGUCUCCUAACAUAGUGAAGCAAAGCACUAUAAUUGUAAACUGUAGCCCUCUAGCCAGUACUGCAGCAGUUGUUCCUGAACCUGCUGAAGCGAAAAACAAAAGCGUGUUGAUCAGUCAGAAUGUCUUACUCAAAAAAAACACAAAAGAGAAGCAGGUGAAAACAGCUCCCCCUAACUCUGGCAAAUGCCUUUCAGAGAGGCGUGUUCUUGGUGCAUAUCGUGGUAGGGUAGUCUCAUCUAAGGUAAACUCCUUCAGAAAAAUACCAGGAAAUGAUGGUACCAGAUACUCUUUGGCUGGUUCUCCUAAGCUGCUUGUGAGGACUGCAGCUGCAAGGAGUAGUACAGAUAUAAAGAAUGCCAGAGUCCCUGGCACAGUUAGUACUUCUAAGAGUGUAGAUACUACAGUGCUCCAAACAAAGCCUCCUGUAAAGGUCUCUGUUAGCCACCCCAAGCCCAUUGUGAACCAUGAGAAACAAUCGAUCAAUAAGAUAUCAGUAAAUAAAGGGACAUCCCAGAAAAACCCUGAGAGGAAUUGGAAGCCACCGCUAAAGAAUGACCUACCCAAUGCUAGUAAUUCUGUGUAUAGAACAAAGAAACCUCUCGCACCCAAGACCAUAACAGGAAGUUUAGUAGGACCAGUUUCUGCAACUCAAGGUACCAUGUCAGCUUCAAAAUCUGUUGACAACAGAAAAAGUAUUCUGGCAAACCCUGCAGAAGUGAGAAGAAUUCAACUAUCUGAAUGGCAGAGAUCUAAGGGAAUAAAGAAACCGCCUGCUCCCAUGUAUGUUGAUACUCAGCCUGAAACUGAGACACCUCAGCAAACUGUAAAAGAACCAAUUGAAUCCUUCUGGGCUGCUAUAGCAGAAGAAGAUGAGCAAGGAUUAGUUAGCGACAAAGUCAACAAAACACUUGAGGAAUGUCUGUCCCUAAUUGAAAAGGGUUGUCCAGGUGAUACGAUACAGUCUACUUUGGAAAGGCUGAUAGUGAUGGCACCAGAUGCAAAAAAGUUUGCUAAGUACUGGAUAUGCCAGAUGCGUCUUGAACAAUUUCACUCCACUGAAAAGGUUCUUGGUAUUUUUGAAAAUGCAAUACUGGCAGGAGCUCAGCCUAAGGAUGAAUUACGUCGGGCAUUAGCAGAUGCUAUGAGAGCUCUCAAAAAUCUAUCCACAUCCAAUGAAGAAUGUGUGAAGAAGGAAAUCACUCUAAACCAUGAGAAAGAAGUUAAUUCUGAUGAAGUAAGGAAAGAAAAUGCUUGCAAGGAAGUCCUACCCAGUGAAAACAUGGGAUCUAGCAAUGAUGAAGCUUCUCAAAAAGCAACAGAAGCAUGUUUGAAAUCAGAACAAGAAAGCAUUCCUGAUCAAAAAAAACACGGAAAUAAAGACCAUAAACAGAAACAUACCAUUAAAAAAGAAGAGCAGGGUUGUGGCAAUGCCAAGAAAGAUCACAUCCUGGAGAUUAACACUCCUGAAAAUGAUAACGCGGGCUCCUAUUUAAUUAAGUAUAAUUUGUCAACAACUCCUUACUUGGAAAGCACAAAGAAAAAACUGCAGAGUGAAGCUAGUGAUUCUGCUCUUAAGGAUCUGAAAUUUCUGACUCCUGUGAGACGUUCCCGCCGCAUACAUGAGAAGGUGUCCAAGUUGCCAGAUAUACUGAAAGAACAGAGCCCUUGUGUUUCAUCACUUGAGCAGCUUGGAGAAUUGGGGGAAGAAGGCAUGGGCUACAUCUACAGGGAGAACAGUGCACUGCGUAAAAACUCUGUCCACCAAAAAGAACAAUGCAAAGAAUAACAAUACAGAAUAUAGCCCAAUGCAGACAUCAUGCUCCCAUCUCUAACCAUGUUUAAGAAAUCAUGGGUAUAGCACAUACUCUUAUGGAACUCCUCCUCCUCCUGCCUACCCUCCAGUGCCCUUAAUUACAUCUGCACUUGCUUUAACAAUGGGUAACACUAACCUAAUUCCCCUUUAAUUAGGAAAAGAAGCUUAUCUAGUUAGCAGAUAUAACCUUUUAAGGAUUGUGGUGGCAACAGAGAGAGCACAGGAUUGUGCAUCUGCACCAGACUUACACGUUUGAAGUUGUGAUUUCAAAUCUUAGCAAUAGGUACUAACUAUACUGUUCAGUGUAUAUCUUUUCUUGAGUUCUCUUAAUUGUCUUUAACUUUCAGUGUUAUAAAACUUGUGUCUAAAAUUUCUGCCAUCCCUAUUUUUAGAAACAUGUUUGUGUAUAUAGGAGAUAUUGAAUGGAUAAAAAGUAGAAAUUAAUAUUUGUAAUGUUUGCUGCUAGUAAUUUUUAAAAGACAAGUUCUUAAAGACAACUUUGGUUACAAUAAAUGUUCAUUCUUAGUUGGAUAGAAACUCCAUGAGUUUUCAAGGUAAACAUGCACAUUCUUAUUGCAGAGACCUCCUACCUUAUGGUCUUCUCUUACCUGUAAGCAUACAGUUUAGUGUGCAAAACUGAAUGCAAUGUACAGUGGUGCCUCAUACUUCAGAGUUCAAAUGCUAAA